AUGGUUAACACCGAACCGAAGCCAAGCGGUGACCAAUCGGUGGCCGCGAAGCCCACGACCGACGAGAACGGGUCUGAAGUGCGGGAGAAGAGUGAGAAGGAGCUGAAGAAAGAGGCGCUCAAAAGGGCUAAACUCGAGAAGUUUAACGAAAAGCAACAGAAAUUGAAGCAAUUGAGUGAUAAUAAGCCUAAGAGUGACGCAAAUGAGGCCAAACAGAAGGACAAGAAGGAGACGAAGACGAAGGCAGUGAUCACUUACGACCGACCCAUCAAAGCCGGCGACAAGAAGGACGUGACGUCGGAUCCGAUGCCCGACUCUUAUUCACCCAAAUAUGUUGAGAAAGUUUGGUACGAGUGGUGGGAAAAGGAGGGCUUCUUUCGACCCGAAUGGGGCCGCGAUCUGAGUGUCCCGAACCCGAAGGGACAGUUUGUUAUGGUUAUACCGCCGCCUAAUGUGACCGGAGUUCUGCAUUUGGGACACGCGGUGACCAAUGCUAUCCAAGACUCGUUGACCCGUUGGCACCGGAUGUGCGGCCGAACCACUCUAUGGAACCCGGGCUGCGAUCACGCGGGCAUUUCCACACAGAUUGUGGUCGAGAAGCAACUGUGGCGCCAGAAUAAGACCACUCGUCACGACUUGGGUCGCGAACGCUUUGUCGAAGAGGUCUGGAAGUGGAAGAAUGAAAAGGGAGACAAAAUUUACGACCAGUUGAGGAGUUUGGGCACUAGUGUUGACUGGAGUCGCGCCACGUUUACGAUGGAUCCCAAGAUGUGUCGAGCGGUGACCGAAGCGUUUGUCACUCUUCACGAACAGGGAUUGAUAUACCGUUCAAAUCGUUUGGUCAACUGGUCGUGUACUCUGCGUUCGGCCAUUUCGGACAUCGAAGUGGACAAAAUCGAGUUAACCGGUCGUACAUUGAUGUCUGUUCCCGGCUAUGACCAGAAGGUCGAGUUUGGAGUAUUGAUUAAGUUUGCCUAUAAAGUGGACGGAAGUGAUGAAGAGAUAGUUGUGGCCACCACUCGGAUCGAGACAAUGUUGGGCGACAGCGCAGUGGCCGUCCAUCCAACCGACGCUCGCUAUACGCAUCUUCACGGCAAACAAGUGGUUCAUCCACUGCUCGGCCGUAAGAUUCCCAUUGUUUGCGACGAUUUUGUUGACAUGUCUUUCGGAACGGGAGCCGUGAAGAUCACUCCCGCUCACGACCCCAACGACUACGAGGUCGGCAAACGGCAUAACUUGCCAUUUAUUAACAUCAUAACAGAAUCGGGUUUGAUUGACGACAAUUGCGGUGAAUUUAGUGGACAAAAACGGUUUGACGCGCGAAAGUCUGUGUUGGAAGCGCUUAAAGCGAAAGGUUUAUAUCGAGAUAGUGUUGAGAACCCGAUGGUUCUUCCCAUAUGCAAUCGAUCCAGAGAUGUCAUCGAACCACUCGUCAAAUAUCAAUGGUAUGUCGACUGCAAAGAUAUGGCCAAACGAGCGGUUGAUGCGGUCAGGAAUGGAGAGCUGAGAUUCAUUCCCGAUCUUCACGAGAAGAUUUGGUACCAUUGGUUGGAGAAUAUCAGAGACUGGUGUAUAUCACGCCAGAGUUGGUGGGGACACAGGAUUCCCAUCUAUUUUGCUAAAGUGAAGGGACAGGCGUUUGAUGAGACAAAAGCCGAAGAGCACUGGAUUAGUGGCCGCACCGAAGAGGAAGCGCGACAGAAAGCGGCCAAAAAGUUUAACGCAUCGCCUAAAGACAUCGAUCUGAGCCAAGACGAGGACGUGUUGGACACGUGGUUCUCUUCGGGUCUGUUUCCGAUGGCUAUAUUCGGAUGGCCGGAGAAGACGGCAGACUUUGAGCGCUUCUAUCCGGGAAGUCUGUUAGAGACGGGUCACGACAUCAUAUUUCAUUGGGUCGCGCGAAUGGUUAUGUUUGGGUUACAACUGUGCGGUCGGCUCCCAUUCAAAGACGUGUAUUUCCAUUCACUUAUACGCGACGCUCACGGGAGGAAAAUGAGCAAAUCGUUGGGUAAUGUUAUCGACCCGUUGAGUGUCAUUCAAGGCUUGUCACUCGAAGCCCUCCACCAGACUCUGUAUAACUCGAACUUAGAUCCGGUGGAAAUAGAUCGCGCAAAAGCCGGUCAAAAGGCUGACUAUCCGAACGGCAUUCCCGAGUGCGGGACAGACGCCUUGCGUUUUGCGCUCUGCGCUUACAUCACUCCCGGAAGGGAUAUUAAUUUAGACAUCAAACGUAUUGAGGGCUAUAGGUUUUUCUGCAAUAAGCUCUGGAAUGCCGUUAAGUUUACUCUAAUGACUUUGGGUCCAGACUUUGUUCCCAAUCCUAACAACCGUUUGACAGGAAAUGAGGCUAAAAUAGAUCUUUGGAUUUUAAACUGUUUACAUACGGCGACCGAUGCCUCCAAUAAAGGCUUCGAGACGUAUGACUUCCCGAUGUCGACGAACGCGUGCUAUAGCUUCUGGUUAUACCAAUUGUGUGAUAUAUAUCUCGAAGCACUCAAACCCAUCAUUCAAUCCAACGAUUCCGUUGCUAUCAAUGCUUCCAAACAGACUCUGUACACGUGUGUUGACACUGGGCUCAGGCUUUUGCACCCAUUUAUGCCUUUUAUUACCGAAGAACUAUUCCAAAGACUUGCGCGCAGGACUGGUAACGAACCGCCGAGUAUUUGUGUGACGCCUUACCCACAAGUGGAUCAGUUUGAAUGGAAACGAGACGAACAACUCGAGAAUGACGUCUCAUUGAUGCAAAACAUCAUACAUAGCGUCAGAUCUUUGAGAUCGGAAUACAAUUUGGCCAAAACUAAAGUCAAUCUUUACAUUAAAUUUGAUGCAAUCGGUACUAAAGACCGAAUUCAGCCUUUUAUCGAAACAAUUAAGGUUUUAACCACUUCUCUAUCGGUUGAUAUUGUAAGCGACAGCACACCAGUUCCCGAGGGCUGUGCUAUAGUUCCCGUCUCCGAUACCUGUGAAGCAUAUCUUAUGCUAAAGGGUUUUAUUGAUGUUAACAAAGAGAUGGAAAGACUAAAAUCAAAGCGCGAGAAAAUCAAUGGUCCGCUGAUUAAACUGAAGGCCAGCACCGAAACGACCGACUAUACAGACAAAGUGCCGAUCGAAGUGCGAACGGCGAACACCGAAAAACUACGACAAUUAGAACUCGAAUUAAACAAAGUGUUGGAAGCGAUUCAAGCGAUUUCGCUAAUCAAAGAUUAA